GCCAAGAUGGACGGCAUAGCAUGGCAUGGUUCGUUUCUAACUGUCUCGGUCUGUGUCCAUAAAACGUCUUGACUUCCAGGCUUUCUAUUCUUUCUCUCCUCCUCUCUCAUUCAUCGCUGCCAACCAAUUCGAGAUCAGACUCUCUGUCACCAAACAAUAAGCACUUCUCAGUCCAAUCUUCCCACCAACAACACCAACAUCAUGAAGUACUCUGCUGUCACUCUUCUCGCUGCCCUGGCUGCCUACUCUCAGGCCCAGUCCAUCUCCAUCCCUGGCGGUGACGAGGUCUCUUCUAUCAUUGGCGACGUUUCCUCCCGAAUUGAUGAUGCCUCCUCUAUCAUUGAGGACGUCUCUACCCGCGUCGGUGAUGAGGUCUCUUCUCGCCUCGGCGAUAUCUCUUCUCGCAUCAGCACCGCCACUGAGACUGGUGCUUCUACAACCGUGACUGAUGCUUCCACCGCCACCGAAUCCGCAGAGACCGAGACCGAGACCGGAUCAAACACUGUCGACACCAGUGCUCUCGCCAGCGUGACCAGCGCUCUUGCCAGUGCCUCCAGCGCCAUCGAGGAUGAGAUUGCUUCUCUCAGCUCUGAUCUCGCCACUGCUACUGGUACUGCCAGCGAGGCUAUUGAGUCCAAGAUCGCUGAGGCCACCUCCAGGGCCGGUGCUAUCGAGAGCAGUGCUGGUGCUGCCGCCAGCAGUGCCACUGGCGACAACGCUGGUGCCAUGCCCACUGCUGCCGUCGCUAUGGGUGCUCUUAUGGGUGGUGCUGCUCUCUUUGCCAACAUGUAGAUUGGCAUUUACGGAAGACAACAGUAAUAAUGAAAUAAACGGUCAAAUCUUCACGCGCCAUCAUUUUAACCAACAUGGAGCUCUUGUGUAUAUCCAAUUCUGAUGAAGCAAGGAUAUGACAGGGUUCGGGAUCUUAAUUAACUAGCGUUGCACAUCUACCGUUAGUGUGAUGAAAAGGGGAAUCUGGAAUUGAGGGAUGCCAAUGUCUGGUGCAGCCUUUGUAACGGUGACUUUGUCAAUAGCAUUACUUACAUGAAACGUUCUCGACCUUGGAUAUUAAAAUAAAGAUGUUUCGUAUUA